CUUUCCAAAAUAAAACUUGCAGUACCCACUAAACCCUAAAGGUGGUUCACAUGAGAGUAGCUUUCAUACUGUAUAUGGCGUAACUUGAUUGUCAAUUGUUGCUUUAUUUUGAAAGUUUGGGGUAGAUAUCCUGCUUCUGUAUAAGUGUGCUUUGACGGACUUACGAGCGAGAUACAUUACCAGAUUACUAGCUUGUUAUCCAUUUACUACUUUUGGGGAGGAUUGGUGGAAAUGGCUGCCGUUCUGCUGCAGGUUCUGGGGCGGACGGAGCUGAACAAACUCCCGAAAGGUGCCCAGAACAAGCUCGAGAAGUUUGUAACGGAGCUACAGAAUGCUAACGAGGCUCUCAAGACCCAGCAUGAGCGAUUCUCUGCCCCUACAGAGCAGCAGUACUUUGACAUUGAGAAGAGGUUGGCGGAGAGUCAGGAACAGAUCCUGUCUGUCACGAGAGACCUGCAGACUCAUAAAGAGGAAAAUAAAAAGCUCAAUGUAGAGCUGAGCACUCUGAAAGGAAUAGAGGGAGACACCUCUGAAGAUAAACCACCACAACAGCAAACCAAAGCCAAGUAUGAGAUUGAGGCAGAGAAGAGAGAGCUGGCCAGGUUGCUGGAGAAGAGAAUGCAGGAAGUGGAGAACCUUACUGAGGAUGUGAAACGUCUGAAUGAGAGGUUGACAGAGACCAACAAAACCAAGAUGGAGCUGCAGUUAAAACUGGAUGAUAUACAGUCCUCUGAUGCUUCUGUACAGCACCGGGAGAAGCGUAUGGAGCAGGAGAAGGAGUUGCUUGAGAAGAAGAUUGAGUGGUUAACUGCAGAACUGAAAAACAAAACUGAUGAACUGCUGAACACCAACAGAGAAAAAGGCAAAGAGAUCCUGGAGCUGCAGGGUAGUCUGAAGAACAGCAACGAGCAGGUGACCAGACUGGAAAGUCAGCUUGUUUCUCUGAAGGAAACCAGUGAAAGCCAGAGUAAAAGAGCUGAAGACCUCAACAACAAACUGAAGCAGGCUAAAGAUGAGCAGAGCUCUAUGGAGGAGAAAUACCGCAAUGAGCUCAAUGCUCGUGUCAAGCUUUCUUCACUCCACGAGGGGGCAGCAAAAGAUAUGGAGUCCAAGAACCAAGAACUGAGCAGAGCAGUUGAAGAGCUAGGCAGGCUGGUUAAAGACACUAGUGAAGCCAAUAAAGCACUAGAGAAGAAGGUGUCUGAGGGAGAACAACUGAAGACACAACUCGAGGCAGAGCUUGGGGAGAAAAUCAAGAAAAUGGAGAAAGAGCUGGAAAACAGUACAGUGAAGGCUGCUGGCAAACAUUGCUGUAUGCCUUCUCUGACUGAGGAGGAGUUGGACAACAUGUGUCCAUCAGCUGCUGCCAUUGCUGCGAUUGUUAAGCCUGGCAUGAAGUUCUUUGAACUUUAUAAUGCAUACGCUGAGUGUCAGAUGCAACUUCAGCUUGAGAAACAGGAGACCAGGAGAGUGAGCAGAGUGCUGGAUGAGAUUGUCCAGGAGGUUGAGUCCAAAGCACCUGUCCUGAAGCGCCAGAGAGAGGAGUAUGAGAGCAUGCAGAGAUCCAUGGCCUCCCUCUGCAACAAACUGGAGCAGGCUCGAACGGAGAUCUACAGUUUGCAGAAAGAGAAGGAAGAAGCCAAGCAACACUGUGAUGCUCUGGAGAGAGACAAACUGAGGGCAGAGCGACAGCUAGACGAUACCUCUGCACAGGUGUGUGCGCUUCUGGUGGAGCUGGAGGAAGCCAGAGGUAAUCAGGUGACCAAGGACGACAGCAGCUCCGCUGACAUUUCCAGCACCUCUGAAGUUACUGGCCCUCAGCAGCUGUCUUUCCGCAGUGUGGAGGAGCUUCAGAGGCAGAACCAAAGCCUGCUGGGAAAGCUGAGGGAGCUGCAAGAGGAGAAGGACAGGCAGCAGACCCAAGUAACAUCAGCACGGGGCUCGCUGAAUGAUGCCUUCACUGUGUAUAAAAAAGAGAAAGCAGAGAACGACAGGAUGUUGAAUGAAACAAACGACAGGCUACAGAGGCAGCUCACAGAAGUCCGCUCCAGCCAUGCCAAGCUGACCUCUCAGCUGGAGUUCAGCAAUAAGAGGUAUGAGAUGCUCCAGGAGACUGUAUUAGCCUACCGCAGAGAGAUCUCAGCGCUUCAGGACAGGAACCAAAAGAUGGCUGCAACGGCCCAACGACAUGAGCACAUCAUUCACACGAUAAGCCAGGACCUGCGGCAGUCUAACGAGAAACUGGCACUGAGCGAGGUGCGUCUAGAGAACCUGAGUAAAGAGAGGGACAUGUUAAGGCAAGCAGAGAGUCGACUCACUCAAGAGAAGGAAGCCAUGCUAGCUGAGCAACGUAACCAAAAUCUGCUGCUCAUCAACCUCAAGUCUAUACAGUUGACCACAGAGCGUAUGGAGACAGAGACCCGCCAGCGACUGAACAACAAGAUCGAACAACUGGAGGCAGAACUGGCUUCGAUGAAGACCAGGCUGGACCAGGAAAUAGCACAGAGGCAUGCUCUGGGACGCUCUAUGGAUGCUCAAUUACUAGAAGCAAAGAAGCAGCUGGAGACACAGAACACCUUGCAGAAGAAGACCAGGGAGUUGUUGCAGAGCUCUGAGCAGCAGGUGUCAGCUCUGAAAGCCCAGCUAGCUUCUGCUGUACCCUCUGAAGCUGUAACGACCUCCAGCAACACCACCACCACCCCAGCUACCAGAGCUGCGAGCCUCAGAGCACCGCUGAAAGUACGCUCUCCAGGACCAGCAGCAUCCCAGCAGUCCAGCCAGUUGGAGCAGGAGCUUGCAGAGGUGAAAGGUCACCUGCGCACUGCUGAGGAACAGAAUAGUGAACUAGCAGAGCAGCUGAAGAAUGCUAAUGCUACUGUAGAGCAGUACAGAGCUGUGGUACUGACUCUGGAAGACAGUCUGAAGAAAGAAAAGGAGUCCCGUUCUCCUCUGGAGAUCAGACUGAAAGAGUCAGAGGAUGUGCAGCAGCAGCUGGAGAAGAGGAUUUUGGAGGCAGAGAAAAUGAAGCAGCAGGAGCAAGAAGAGAGGAGGAAGGCUGUGGAUGCACUAGAGAAACAAAUGUGUGAGCUGCAGCGCAGUCUGAAGACUAGCCAGACAGAGCAACAGGAGGCGCUGGAGAGAGCUGCCGCCACCGCUACUCUACAGCAGAAGGCUACACAGGACAGCCUGCUGCAGACUAAGCUAGCUGGAGAGGCACGGGCUAAGUAUGAGCGGGAGCUAAUGCUUCAUGCUGCUGAUGUGGAAGCCAUGCAGGAACUCAAGAAAAGAUUCCAAGAAGAAACGACACAGAAGAGAGAAUUAGAGGAGCAACUGAGCAAGAACACCUCCCUCUUGCAGGAGAAAACUGCAGCCUGGAAUGCAGUGGAGCGACAGCUGAAGGAGGACCUGUCCCUUCAGAGUCGUCGCUGUGAGGAGCUGGGGAGGCAGAACACUCUCCUGCACCAACAGAUGGAUGAAUUAACCAUCAGGACUCGUCAGCAGCCGCAGCAGCAGCUUGACCUGUCUUUCAGUGAGGAAGGGAAGACCACUGAACAGAUACUAGAAAUACUCAGGUUUGUGCGCCGGGAAAAACAGAUCGCUGUGGCUCAGUGUGAAGUGUUGGAGGGAGAAACUCUUCGCUACAGGCAGCGAGUGGAACACCAAGACAGAGAACUGAAGGAGCUGCUGGAAGUUUUGACUGCUGAGAGAGAGAAAAUGCAGGCUGCAACAAAAACUCUGGCCCAGCAGGAAGAACAGCUGAAGAAGAUGGAGAGUAUCAGUGCUCUCCAAGAAGCCAACAAGAUGCUGAAAAUUGACAGAGAUAAACUGGAGCAAGAGCUGCAGCAAGCUCAGGCUAAAGUGACAAAACUCCAGUCAGACAUCAGCCCACUGCACCACUCGUUGUCUCAGCUAUCAGAGAAAAACGGCUCCCUACAGGCUGACAAGAGGAUUUUGGAGGAAGACUUUAAACGCUGGAAAGCCAAAGCACAGCAGCUGGCCAACCAACAGAAAGACAGUGAUGUGGAGGAGAGACAGAAGCUGACCAGUGAGAGAGAAGCUCAGCAGAGACGCAUCACUCAGUUAGCUGAAGAGACAGCCAAGCUGAAGACUGAACUGGCCAGGUCCAGUGCAAGCAGUAACUCUGCUCAAGGUCAGCUGCAAGGUCUUCGAGACUCUGUGGCCCGUCUGACGGCAGAGAGGGACACCUUGAAGAAAGACCUGGAAACAAAAAUCAGAGACAUUCUGGAAAAGAGCAAGACCAUCGCCCAGGUCAAGAAGAUUGGACGACGCUACAAGACCCAGUAUGAGGAGCUCAAAGCCCAGCAUGACAAGCUGGUUGCAGAAAGAACAGUUAAAGCAGGAAGCGAGGCACAUCCGAGCCAGGAGCUGACUAAAGCCCAGGAGGAGCUGAGCAAGGCUCGGGAGGAGCUGAAAGAACUGAAAGAAGAGGUGCAGAAAAAACAGGAAGAGACCCAGAAGUGCCAGCAGGAGCUGGAGGUGGCCCAGAAGGAAGUCCAACAGUCCAAGGAAAUGUUCCAGGAAGUCCAAAACCAGCUGACACAGAACCAGAACCAGGUGACACAGGUACAGUCCCAGUUGUCCCAGACCCAGGCUCAGCUGCAGCAGAGUCAGAACCAGCUGACCCAGAGUCAGAAAGAGCUUCAACAAGCCAAGACCCAUGCCCUGCAGGUGCAAAACCAGUUAAAGACAGCUCAGGCUCAAGUUCAGGCCCGUCAGAACCAGAUUCAGCAGAUCCAGAGGGAGCUGCAGCAGUCUAAAGACACCUUCCAGCAGAACCUCACCAUUCAGAAAGAGCUCCAACAGACCCACAGUCAAGAAGUUGGCAGUCUCAAGACUGCUCUGAGCCAAGCGGAGAGCAAGGUGACUGAGCUCCAAGGCCAGCUGGACAGCCUGCAAAAGGUGGUUAGUGAGCGUGACGCCCACAUCAAGCGUCUGCAGGAGCAGCUAGCUGAAGCUAACCAGGCUAAUGAAUCCAGCCAAGCCACGCAGGCCACGAGUUCCCAGUCCAUUCAGACCGGUGAUGCAAAUGCUGCCAGUGAUGUUAACCAGGCACUACAAGAGGAUCUGGCAAAACUCAAACAGGAGCUGUCUGACAGCAAGAAUAAAGAGGAGCAGCUCAAACAGCUGAUGGCUGACAAAGAGGAAAAGAUGAGGAAGGCCAUCAUGGGAGCCAAGACCAAAAUCAACCAACUAAACAGUGCCAAAGAGCAGCUUAGUCAGGAGAUAGAAGAAGUGAAGCAGAGUAAGGAGGAACUGGAGGUGAGAAUGAACGCCCUCAAGUCUCAAUACGAAGGUCGAAUCCUUCGGCUGGACAGAGAGCUGAGAGAACUGAGAGAGAUGCCUGCAUACACUGAGUCCAGAGAGGAACCACAGGACCAGAGUGGAGCUAAGAUGGGUGAGCAGCCCAAGUCUGCAGACCAGAGACAGAUAUCUUUGAAGAGUCCAGCCCAAGACAGGGGAGGUUCCAGUGUCUCUGAGCCUCCCACCGCUAACAUCCGCCCCACCCCAAGUACUCCAUCUCCUAGCAGCAAGCCAAACCCCUCCCCUGGUAGCAAGGCCACGCCCCGUGCCAGCAUCAGACCAAUGGUUACUCCGGCAUCUGUCCCCAUCCCUACACCCACCGCCACUGUCAUGCCGACCACACAAACCGACAGUCAAGAGGUGAUGAUGAGUGCAGGAGCCUCCGUGCACUCUACCAGCUCCAGUCUGGUGAACGCACCCACCUCCAUAACUCAGCCAACUAGCACACAGGCCACAGCAUUUGUCCAGCCCACCCAGCAGCAGGCAGCCAAUCAGGAUACAGGCUCCAGUAUAGAGGCAGAGCGACCAUCUACGUCCUCCUCUCUGAUUGGAGCAGCAGGUUUAAAGCGUGGCAGAGAGACCGAGGAGGAGGAAGAGGAGAGCAGACCAGACACACCACCGACCGCUAGGAAACGGCGACUAGAAACAAUAUUAGCACGGCAGAUGGGAGAUGAUGAGGAGAUUGAAGGACAGCUGAGGGAUGAGGGAGCUCGACAGGUUUCGUCAGAGGACAGUCAGGAGAUUCCAGAGGAGCGGUUCCCUAUCUUAACUGAAGACGACGAGGACAUGGAGGAAGAAAGCGGCUCCCAGUCUGUCCCCUCCGAUCUGACACCCUCUCAGCAGUCUGCCAUAAUCCGGGACGUCAUUGUGAUCGACACAGACAGCGAGAGUCGUGAGAGCAAAGAGGAGGAGGAGAAGCAGGAGAAUGAAGAUGAAGAUGAGGAGGAGUAUAAAGAGGAAGAAGAGGACGACGAAGAUGAGGAUGAUGCUGGUGACAGUGGAAUGAAGGGAGGAGAGGAGAAUAAUGAGGGGAGCAGGGAGGCUCAGGAGGUGGGAGAGGAGGAGGAGCCAUCAGCAGCCACCAGCAGUGAGGAGAAUAUGUGUGGAGCAUCUUCAGACUCCCAGCGUGUGUCCGAGCUGUCACACAGCAGUGAAGGUAGUAGCAGUGCCACAUCAGCAUCUGACCUUGGUAGAGACCCUUUACACCUCCUCCCAACCUCCUCUUCUUCUGCACUCUCCACCUCAUCCUCCCACACACAUCGCCUGCCACACCCUCGUAGGCCCACACACUCCCUCCCACCACGGCUCUAUAUACAACCUCCUGCUCCAGAGCUGGGACCCCCACACUCACAACAGAGACAGUCCUCUCAGCUGCGCAGACCAUCAGUAGGACGUGGACUCCAGCUCACCCCUGGAAUAGGCAGUACGCAAUAUUUCUUUGACGAUGACGACAGGAUGGUUCCCAGUACUCCCACCCUGGUUGUCCCACACCGCACUGAUGGCUUCGCAGAGGCUAUACACUCUCCCCAGGUGGCAAGUCUGUCCACCAGGUUCAGGUUUGGACCUCCAGAGGACCUGCUGCCUCAGUCAUCAGCCUCACACUCGGACCUGGGACAGCUGGCCUCUCAAGGAGGUCUGGGGAUAUACGAGUCUCCUCUGUUCCUGGCUGCUAAUGAUGAAGACGGAGGAGGAAGGAGUGUCCCCACCACACCUUUACAAGUGGCCGCACCAGUGACAGUCUUCACUGAGUCUCUGCCCUCAGACAGCAGUGACAACAUGGCCUCCCAGUCUGUUCCCAUGGUAACUGCCUCCACCAGCAUGGCUGCUGCUGCAGACGAUGGAGAUGAGGUCUUCAUGGAGCAGGAAGGAGAAGGGCCUGGUAUGGAAUCUUCUCUGGAGAGCCAGGCAGAGCUGGAGUCAACAGGACAGCAGAGUGAAGAUGCAUCACUGCCCUCUACCAGCCAGGACCCGGACACCAGCAGCAUCACUCAGCGGCUCGCAAUGAGCAGUCCACAUCUGACCAGCAACCUCUCGGGCAGAGGAGCCAGAGGGGGGAGGGGGGAAGCCAGGACGCUGCUCAGCCGCAGAGGAACUUUCUUUAGAGGAGGAAGGGGAGGAGCCAUGGGCAGAGGGAGCAAUACCUAAUGAUGAUGUCAGCAGUAGCAACUCUGUCCUUUCACUCAAGGAAAAGAGGAAAUAAUGUUUAAUUCCUAGACUAUUUUUUGUUGAAUUUUGAGACGUUCAGUAUGUCAGUAAAUCUUGUGUCCAGUUGGUCAGUAAUGCCACGACUCUGUCACAUUGUGUAAGGCAGUGAGUUUUUAAUUGUUUUGUCAUUUUCUUAGUUUCUUCAUUUUGUUCUGCUUAUUGGGCUGUUACUGCACAUGCCUCAAUAAUAAAGUUGUUUAAUGAGAAGCAGUGAUACUGUUUCAAAGACAUCUAAUUUUCACUCGCUUCCAUAUUGUUACAUAAUGAAAGUUUUGAUAAAGGAUUGUUUAUUAAAGUCACUCAAGAAAACA